GCGGAAGUGGUCCAGCCUCUGCGACCGGAGCGGGGUCUCUGGGCGCCCCGCGGGGCGUGCAGGCCUGAGCGGGCACCGCCGGGCUGCCCCGGAGCCGGUGGUCAGGAUGGUGCAGCUAUACAACCUGCACCCGUUCGGGUCGCAGCAGGUGGUGCCCUGCAAGUUGGAGCCCGAGCGGUUCUGCGGCGGAGGACGCGACGCUCUCUUCGUGGCGGCAGGCUGCAAGGUGGAGGCAUUCGCCGUGACCGGACAGGAGCUGUGCCAGCCGAGGUGCGCCUUCUCCACGCUAGGCAGGGUGCUGUGCCUGGCCUACAGCGAGGCGGGAGACUAUUUGGCAGCAAUUGAAGAGAAAAACAAAGCUACGUUUCUACGUGCAUAUGUGAACUGGAGAAGUAAAAGGAGUGAAAACUGUCGCGUGUGUAUCCGAAUGGUUGGACAUAAUGUGGAGGCACCCUUCAGCGACACCUACAAAGACCAGAUGUCUAUUAUUGAAAUGCCGCUUUCUGAGGCCCCCUUGUGCAUCUCCUGUUGCCCAGUAAAAGGAGACCUUCUUGUUGGUUGCACCAAUAAGUUAGUCUUGUUUAGUUUGAAGUAUCAGGUCAUUAAUGAAGAAUUCUCAAUAUUGGACUUUGAACGUUCUUUAAUUAUACACAUAGAUAAUAUCAUUCCUGUUGAAAUUUCUUUUUGCAUUGGUUAUGUUGCUCUCAUGUCAGACUUAGAAGUCUUAAUCCUAAAAAUGGAGUCAGACCCUAAAAAUGGAGAGAGUGUCAACCACCAGCCACAUAAGACCGACAAUCCAAUGAAACAGACAGAAGAUGUCAGUCAUGAAUCUUUGCAGCUUGAGUCAGAUGACUUUGUUAUCUGUCAAAAGCCCAUGGAACUUCUCGGUGAAAAAAGUAGCCAAUCUGGAGUAUCCGUUACACUGGAGUCAACGGGAUUAGCUGAUGAAAAAACAAAAUAUUACCACGUUCAGCACCUGCUCUAUAAACGUUUUGCUCCUGAUAUUUCGUUCUGUGUCUUUUCUGAUGACGUCAAGUUACAUUCACUUCAGCUGCUACCUAUUUACCAAACAGGUUCCCUUACUGCUGGUAGAAAAAAAUUGUCUCAGGAAAAAGAGUUGCUGAGUCUCUUCUGUUUUUUCUCAUUGCCUCAUGUGGGCUAUCUGUACAUGGUUGUCAAAUCUGUUGAAUUAAUGUCAGUUUACCAGUAUCCUGAGAAGUCUCAGCAGGCGGUGCUCACACCACAAUUUUUACAUGUCAUCGCAAGCAACAACCUACAAUGUUUCACAGUGCGGUGCAGUGCAGCGGCAGCUCGUGAGGAGGACCCAUACGUGGACACCACCCUGAAGGCUUGCCCACCUGUCAGUAUGGAUGUCUGUGCUUUAAGAAUACAGCUUUUCAUAGGCUUGAAAGCCAUUUGUCACUUUAAAAACCACCUGAUACUUUUGACCAAGGCAGACCCUGAGGCCAUUCCAGAGAGAAGAGAAUCACCCAAGAGGCUUCUUUCUAGAAAAGGAACCAGUGGUAAGCUUAAAACACCUCCUGUAGCUGAGGCUGGGUGGAAUUUGUAUAUUGUGGAUACGAUCUCACCAGUGCAACUGUACAAAGAAAUGGUAGACUACAGUAAUACCUACAAGACCACAAAAACCCAGAGCUGCAUCCACCUUCUUAGUGAGGCUCAUCUGUUAGUGAGGGCUGCCUUGAUGGAUGCCAGUCAGUUGGAACCUGGAGAAAAAACAGAGCUUUUGGAAGCAUUUAAAGAAAGCUGUGGGCAUCUUGGAGACUGCUACAGCAGGCUUGACACCCAGCAUUCCCACCUCGCCUUGCCAUACUAUAAAAUGUCUGGUUUGUCUAUGGCUGAAGUUCUAAGCCGAGCGGACUGGGUACUAGAGGAUGGAUCGCAGAAAUACGAGAGGGGAUUAAUCUUUUACAUUAAUCAUUCACUUUAUGAAAACCUGGAUGAAGAAUUAAGUGAAGAAUUAGCAGCAAAAGUGGUCCGGAUGUUCCACGUGGCUGAGCCAAAGCAACUGCCCCAUAUUCUCUGUAGUCCUUCUAUGAAGAAUAUUAAUCCUUUAACUGCCAUGAGCUAUCUAAGCAAGCUGGAUACUUCUGGGUUUUCAUCGAUCUUAGUGACAUUGACCAAAGCAGCAAUGGCUCUGAAAAUGGGGGAUCUUGACAUGCACAGAAAUGAAAUGAAAAGCCAUCCAGAGAUGAAGUUGGUAUGUGGCUUCAUUCUGGAACCUCGACUAUUGAUUCAAUGGAGAAAGGGACAGAUUGUUCCAACUGAGCUUGCAGCACACUUGAAGGACACUCAGCCUGGUCUGCUUGUGGCUUCAGUUCUGGGCUUACAGAAGAACAACAAAAUUGGAAUUGAAGAAGCAGAUUCCUUCUUUAAGGUGCUUUGUGGUAAGGACGAAGAUAUCCCUCAGCUCCUGGUAGACCUUUGGGAAGCUCAGCUCGUAGCAGGUCUUCCAGAUGUGGUUCUCCAGGAACUCUUUUUUAAGCUCACAUCUCAGUACAUCUGGAGAUUAUCCAAGAGGCAGCCCCCUGACACCAUACCAUUGCGAACAUCAGAGGAUCUGAUUAAUGCCUGUAGUCAUUAUGGCUUAAUCUAUCCAUGGGUUAAUGUCUUAAUAUCAUCCGAUUCCUUAGCAGAUAAAAGUUAUACAGAAGACCUUUCAAAAUUACAGUCUCUUAUAUGUGGUCCUUCAUUUGACAUAGCUUCCAUUAUUCCAUUCCUGGAGCCACUCUCAGAAGACACUAUCGCUGGCCUCAGUGUCCAUGUUCUGUGUCAAACACGUUUGAAAGAGUAUGAACAGUGUAUAGACACACUGUUAGAAAGAUGCCCAGAGGCGAUCAUUCCAUAUGCUAAUCACGAGCUGAAAGAAGAGAAUCGGACUUUGUGGUGGAAAAAACUGCUGCCUGAACUUUGUCACAGAAUAAAAUGUGGUGGAGAGAAAGGUCAGCUUUACCUGUCAUCAUUAAAAGAAACGUUGUCAGUUGUUGCUGUGGAGCUAGAACUGAGGGAUUUCCUGAAUGUCCUCCCAGAAGAUGGCACUGCAGCAUUUUUCUUGCCAUAUCUUCUUUAUUGCAGUCGAAAGAAAUCAUUGACUUGAAGGUAUCAUUUGAAAAAUACCACAAUGCCAUAGAAGACUGACUUUUAAAAACAACUGAAUGUCUAGUAAAAAUGUAAAUAAAGGAUUUUCAUAUCGAAUAUGU